AUGAUGCUGAAGAGGAAGGCGGAGAAAGCCGCGGCUUGCGCCCGGAGCAGCAUGACAGGGUGCGCAUCAAGUGAGGAGGGGGCACCCCGGCCUGCCGCGCGCAAGGCGAAGAGCCACCCCGGCUGGGACCUCACGGACGCGGACGUGAGGGCGUUUCACACUGACGGCGCGCACGCUGCGUGGCCGAGCGGCGGCCCGCGAGCGCCUGGCGAGGACGCGAUCCACGCGUGCGACGACGCGCUGGACAAGCGCGGCCAGCGCGAGGCGCCGCAGCACCAACGCCCAACUUCCAGAUGGGCGCCUGUCUACGCGUCGCCGACGGCGCACUUCUCGCCGCCGGCGAGCUUCACGCAUCACAACAACAACAAGGACUUCGACCUCCGCAAGGCCGUCCUGCUGCGCUGCGCCUCCAGCCGCCUCGCGCCGCCUACCAUCGCCACCAUGGUGCAGGCUGACGCGCUCUUCGGCGACGUCCUCGCGAGCUGCGCGCUCGAGGGCUGCCAGCGCAGCGCGGUGUGCGUCGCCAGCGCGCUCGAGAUCGAGCAAUGCGACGCGCGGCGGCGCAGCAUGUCCUGGGAGGACGAGCAGGGCCUCGCGCCGCCCAACGCGGACCCCAACGUCCUGUAG